AUGGAAACUUCAGCUUCGACGAGCAAUGACUGCAAAGUGAAAAGACACAUUAACUUGCUUGACGACGAAGAUGUGGAAUUGAAUAAUCCCCACCGUAAAAAAGCAAAGAGCUUCGAUUUAGAUUUAGCAAGCGAAGAGAAAAAAACCCUCUUCCCAUCGUACUCAAUACAUCUUGGUCGUAAUCUUGUCAUGGAACUCAAGGAGUUCCGGGGAUCUCAUUACAUCGGCUUAUCCAGACAGACCUCCAAUAACGACAUCAAAAAUCGGUUUAAUAUCCCGCUCGAAAUGCUGGAUACCUUGAAACAAGCCUGCGAGCACAUGAUCAAUCACAUUAAACGCAAUCGAGUGGUUUAAAAAAAACGCUUGUUUUUUUAAAUUUAAUUGUAUUAUUUUUAUUUUUUUUUUUUCAUUUUUCUUUUUUUGAAAUCAGUGUG